AUGGCCAUCGCGUUUUGUAGCGUCUGUAGCGUCUACCAGUUCAUGGGCCUAUCUUCCCUCUUGAAUGACACAACGGCCGCGGAACUUGUUGACCCGACGCCCUACGUGCUUGACAAGACACUUUCAACAGUCAUCGAACUUAUCAUGGAUCAGAUGAAUCUCAUCAAGGAGCCACUGGCGUGGAUACUCCUACUACUGGGGAUAAUCGUCUACAUCUUCUUCCAAAGACUUCGACUACCGAGAACCAUCAGUGCACCUCAUUCGUAUUCACCAAAAUCCCAUAUCACCGCAUUGACGAAAGCUUCAAAUCCGCGGUCUUUCCCUUCACCAUUUUCGUCACCGACCAAGCAAAAAGCCGAAGCCAUCUACUCAGAAGCCGCAUAUGACAAUAUCAUUCCCCUUCCAAACUUCAGUCUCGACACAGAGCCGCCCCUCAAGCUCCGCCCUUUCAAACCAAAGUUUCACAUGACAAUGGGUACCGUCUCUGCUACCACCUACAAAGACUUUGAACCAAUGGACAACACAUACGGUGAACGUCUACAGAUUCGAACGAAUCUCAUCGAAAAGGAACGAUACGAAGUACUCGCAUGUAACCCAGAUGCCGUCCCCGCAGUUCUGGAACUCUACGAAUGGCUCAUGGGAACAUACCUACCCCGUCGUUUCCCAAACCUAUACAGCAUUACUGAAUCAGGCCACCAUAUGCGAAACCACGUUACCGAUACACUGAUUCCACUACACAUGACAAACGGCGAGGAAGCCCUAGAAAUCCUAGGUUCCAACAUCGACACGGAAUUCUUACUGCUCACUCCUUCUCCCUCGUCCGAAGCAUCAUCCGUUACUACAACUGAGACCAAGUACUUACUAUCGGCCUUUAUAAACUGUUUUCCAAGCGGCUUCAACACACGCUCCAAACUCAACCAACUUCUCGCCGCCAUCCACGCGCCUGUGCCUGGCUACACUGCCAAACUAGAAAAAAGCAUGGAUCGCUUUUUUGCCAAGCUACCCGUGGGCAAGAUCGUCAAGCGGAGUAAUUGGAGUAUCAGUACAAACGGGAGUUGUUCUGCUUGGAAGGAAAUCAUAUGA